GUAGUUUUUUCGCACAGCACUCUUGUUUAAUUGAGUUAUUCUUUUUGUUGCUACGCUAGUAUAUUCCUAGAUUUUUACUUGUUGAUAUUGCAUUGUAAAGAGGAUAUUGUAAAGUGUUUUUCUUGUUUUUUGAUAAAAGACUAUCAUCUUAAGGUUUUCCAUUACAAGCAAGCAAAUAUUUUUUCUAACAUUUUUUUCUUCUGGAUCAGGCAUCACCAGAAAGAAAAGAGUCAGAGGAGAAGUUGGUGGUGAAGAUGAAUGAGGGGUUGAACCUAUCCAAAGAUGAUAGGGACAAAAUCAGUGAGAUGCCUGACAACAUCUUGCUCCACAUGAUGAAUUUUAUGGACACAAGAGAAGCUGUUCAGACUUGUGUAUUGUCUAAACGAUGGAAUAAUCUUUGGAAACGUCUCACGUCUCUACUAUUCAAUUCCUCGAAAUUUGGAAGUGUUGUCAAAAUUAUCAAUUUCUUGUAUAUGUUUCUAUCUGAUCGAGAUGACUCCAUUUCUCUAUCUACUGUCUAUUUGGAUCUCAGUCAACGUCCACGUGAUUCCACAAGUUGUUUAGGUUUCUUAAUCACUCAUGCCUAUGAUUGGGAAUGCCUAAAUAGGUUAAUGAAAUAUGCUGUGUCGCACAAUUGUCAGCGCCUUUCAAUCAAAAUACUUUUUUAUUGUAAAUUUGAAGUUGAUCCUGUCAUUUUUUCCUGUCCCUCGUUGAUAAGUCUUCGGCUUUCCUUUACGCCUUUUGGUACAAAUUGUAAACUUCCAAAAUCUCUGCAGCUGCCGGUAUUGAAAACUUUGUAUCUUCAUCAUGUCUGUUUUACCGCAAGCGACAAUGGGUGUGCUGAACUCUUUUCAACUUGUUUUUUGUUGAAUACUUUGGUCCUUGAAAGAUGUUCUUUGGACCAGUAUGCUGAAGUCAUAUGCAUAUCAAAUUCUAACCUUUCCUGUUUGAUUCUGGAUAAUGCCAUGGAAGAUGCUGAUACAAUUGUCCUUUCUACUCCAAAACUUAGUUUGCUAACUAUCAAAGAUGACUUUUGUAGGAAUAAAUACUCCUCCACAUGCAAUCUUUCUUUUCUUGAAAAAGUAUAUGUAGAUGCUUCUGGUUAUAAUGAGGAUUCUUCAGAACACCUAAGUUGGCUGCAACUGGUCACUAAUAUAAAGGAAAUGAUACUUUCGGCGGAUACCAUUAGUUUUAUUCGAAAGGGUCUUGAAGUUCUUGACUCAGUGAGAAUUCAACCUCCUGGCUUUGUUAAUUUAGAGUCCCUUGUGGUAAAACGUGAUUCAUUCGAUUUUAUAUCUGAUGAAGAAGUAAAUUGUGUAGUGCGGUUUUUACUUCAGAACUCUAUACAAACUCUAGAUGAAGAAAAGACGGUUAAUAUUACAUAUACUAAUUCCCUGUUUAAAUAUUUGGGUAAAUAUUUUACAAUCUAUUCAAGUUUUUUACUUUAUUUUAUGUUUUCAUACGUCGUUGGUGUUCUUAUUUUGAAACUAAUUAUUGACAGAUAUUGUGAUUGCGGAUGUUUCUAUGUUAUAUUUUUUGCAUUGAAAGAUAAAAAUUUGUAACUUCAGGAGUGUGCUGUUACUCUGUGGAACGUCGCAGAGACAUAGAAUUUGUCAUUAAUUGUCUUGAUGAGUUAGUGUGAAAUCCUUAAAUACAUCCUUUCUUGAACUGUUCUUGGUGGGGGAUUGUUUAUGAUUACCUUCUUUUCUUGUGUUCUCUUACUGCAAAUCGUUUUUUGCAUUGUGAGUGGUUGCUUGUACUAAUUUGUACUUUUCUUUUCCGGUGGCUUUGAAUUGCAUAAAUUAAAAUCUUAAAAUUUAGUAACUUAUUGAUGUUAUGUAUAAUUAAUUUGAGAUAUGUAUACUCUAAUAUGGAAUUUGAAUUUGAAGUUUAAGUUCCGAGAUUUAAUUGUUAUUAAUAUAUUUGUAAUGUUUUGUAUAUUCGCUUAUAUUAUUCAUCUCAGAUGUUUGUCAUCUCUUUUCGUAAGAAAAAUUAUCAUGUCAUUUCAUUAAUAUUUAAAGACUGAAUACAACUUUAAUAUCGACAACAAAAUUUGCAUGUCCCUUGUAAAACUCAGCAGUAAGUUUGAAGUAUUUGAAACUUGUCUUACUAUAUUGUAUAAUACAUUUGAAAGGAGUAAAUUUGUGAAAUCUUUGUUGUUAAUUUUACAGGAAAAACUGUUCUGGAGUAUGAUAAUUUAGAGACAUUGACGAAUUUGUGAAGAGAUGGAAAUGAGGAUGAGGACAGGAUUAAAUGACAUCUUAUUUUGUUUUGUUUCGCAUGAUGAAAUAUUUAUGUUUUAUUCAGUGUGUCUUAUUUAUUGUCUCUUUAUUUUUCUCAUCCUUUCUUAGACUUUUAUUGGUUCUCAUUGAG